AAAACAGCACGGUUUUGACCCGUCUCAACACACCUCACAACAAGCGCCCGAGACCCGCCGCACAUCCGCGAGUACGGAUUGCAACACCGAGUUCAUAACUUUUUUUUUUUCCUCCGCGGGAUUGCGAAGAAGAAAAUACAAAAAUAAGACAGCAAUCAGACACUAGAGGAAGACUUGUGACGCUGAACUGUUGUUGGACCUUGGACUUUCACUCUUUCCCUUUUUUGAUUAUUAUUAUCAUUAUUGGGACACCGUUGAGAGAGAAGACGAGUUGCCAGAGUUGUUGCGCGCGCUCUCUGCUGACACUGACAUUUGUUGAUUAUCGAGAAAGUGUGUCUCUAAAAAAAAGACGCAGCUGGUAAGCUCACUUUUUCCUGUCUACGACUUUAUGUCUACAAAGAUGGAACAGCCCUUUUACCAUGACGACUCUUUUAUGUCGGCGUAUAGCCAGUCGGACGCAGCCAUGCACGACUACAAACUGCUAAAGCAGAAUAUGAAUUUGAACUUGACAGAGCCCUAUCGCAGCCUGAAAUCACAGCUCCAGCUGAGGGGCGAGAUCGACCCGUACCAAGGGGGGCACCAAGACGUAGGGUCGCUGAAGCUCGCGUCACCGGAGCUCGAGAGGCUCAUCAUCCAAAACAGCAACGGCGUGAUCACUACCCCAACCCCGGGCCAGUACUUCUACAACCGGGGCAUCACCGAUGAGCAGGAGGGCUUCGCCGACGGCUUCGUGAAAGCCCUGGACGAGUUGCACAAGAUGAACCAGAUGCCCCCUCCCAACGUGUCAAUCGGAGCUGGUGGAGUUACGACGUGUUCGGCGGUGGCUUCCAGCAUCUUCGGCUCCGCCCUGCAACCGGAGCCUCCCAUCUACACGACGCUGAACGCCUACUGCCCGAACACAAGCCUCUCUUCCGCAUCUAGCUACCCGACGGCCACCAUCAGCUACCUGCCGCCGCACCAGCAGAGCCACCAGCAGAGCGGGACGCACGGCGCGCAGUCGUUCCAUCACGCGCUGCCUGGCUCCGGGCUUCAUCCGCACCGGCUCGUCACGCUGAAGGAGGAACCCCAAACCGUCCCCGAUCUGCUCAGCAGCGACUGCUCGCCUCCGAUGUCCCCGAUCAACCUCGAGACUCAGGAGAGGAUCAAGGCGGAGCGCAAGAGGCUGAGGAACCGGCUGGCGGCGACCAAAUGCCGGCGGCGCAAGCUGGAGCGCAUCGCCCGGCUGGAGGAUAAGGUGAAAGGUCUGAAGAACGACAACGUGGGGCUCUCCAACACGGCGUCGGUGCUCCGGGAUCAGGUCGCGCAGCUCAAGCAGAAGGUCCUGACACACGUGAGCAGCGGCUGUCAGCUGAUGCUCACGAGCAAGUUGGAGGCGUUUUAAAAGGACAGAGACUAAUGACUGAGUCAGAAGUAAUUAACACUGGAGUCGCGCUAUGCACGCGCAGCACCGGGAAUACCGGGCUGGUGCGUUGGCAGCAGCGACAGCAGCACGGGGCCGACGCGCUGUGUGCAGACAACUCUUUGGGCUAUUUAGGGUGAAAAGACUGACGAAAAAUGGUACUUCCGAAUGCUGGACAUCGUUCAAAGCACCAUUCGACCCCUGACACCGGGGCAGCAUCCAGACCGAGCAGACACUGAGCAGCGCCGCGUGCACAGACAGACCCACGAGUCGGGGUUUACUAAUGGUAGAAAGGUGGAAUGAUUAUUGUAUUUCUUUGUACUUUUUUUGCAACUGAUAAUGUCAUGCAAUUCUGCAUUUAUUCAAUGUGUAAAUUAUUUUUUUGUGUGUCCGGUUGAUCCGGGCAAACCAAUGACGUCAGAUGUUUACACUGUCUUUUUUUUAUUAUUUGUGAUGUGUAUUUAAGUAAAGUGUCUCCAAAUGAAACGGAAAAAUGGUGGA